GGCGCGGCCCGGGGCGGGGGCGGCAUGGAGCGGAGGUGGGUCUUCGUGCUGCUCGACGUGCUGUGCGUGCUGGUUGCCUCUCUGCCUUUUGCCAUCCUGACGCUUGUGAACGCGCCGUACAAGCGAGGGUUCUACUGUGGAGAUGACUCCAUCCGGUACCCCUAUCGUCCAGACACCAUCACCCACGGGCUCAUGGCUGGGGUCACCAUCACAGCCACCGUCGUCCUUGUCUCUGCCGGGGAGGCCUACCUGGUGUACACAGACCGCCUCUAUUCCCGCUCCGACUUCAACAACUACGUGGCAGCCGUCUACAAGGUGCUGGGGACGUUCCUGUUUGGGGCUGCGGUGAGUCAGUCGCUGACAGACCUGGCCAAGUACAUGAUCGGCCGUCUGCGGCCGAACUUCCUGGCGGUGUGCGACCCUGACUGGAGCCGCGUCAACUGCUCUGUGUACGUGCAAGUGGAGAAGGUGUGCAGGGGGAGCCCUGCCAACGUCACCGAGUCCAGACUGUCUUUCUAUUCCGGACACUCCUCCUUUGGGAUGUACUGCAUGAUGUUCUUGGCGCUCUACGUGCAGGCGCGGCUCUGCUGGAAGUGGGCGCGGCUCCUGCGGCCCACAGUGCAGUUCUUCCUGCUGGCCUUUGCUCUCUACGUUGGCUACACCCGCAUAUCUGAUCACAAGCACCACUGGAGUGAUGUCCUUGUUGGCCUCCUGCAGGGGGCACUGGUGGCUGGCCUCACGGUUCGCUAUGUCUCUGACUUCUUUAAGUCCCGGCCCCCACAGCGCUGCCUGGAGGAGGAGGAGCUGGGACGGAAGCCCAGCCUGUCACUGACGCUGACCCUGGGUGAAGCUGACCGCAACCACUAUGGGUACCCGGCCUCCUCCUCCUGAGGUGGGGCCUGUCUCUGCCUCAGCGUGUUCGUGGUCCUGGCAGGGACCUCCACUAGGGUGGCGGUGAAGGCUCUGGACGGGCUCCAGGUGCCCCGUGCUGGCUGCUGGUGGGCGUUCCGCUAACCCUGCCUCCUGCGCGCUGGACCAGGGGUCUGGGGGUGCACAGGGCAGCCCCAGCGUUUAGAAGAGGAACUUUGUCCUCUUAGCUCCCUCAGAAGCCCCUUUUGUUGGAUUAGUGGGGGACCAAGAGAUCCAGCCAGAUGCUGUUUUUGUAAAGUGUAAUGUAUAUGUGAACUUUGAGUAAACUAGAGCGUUUGCUCGUUAAAUGACAGUCUCUAUUCCUUAUGGCCAUUCUGAGCACAGUUCCUAUAGCAGAGGAGGAGAGGCUUCCUUGCUGGGGGCUCAGCUGAGCUCACGAGUUGAGGUAGCUGGUGGCAAUGUUGACCUUUGGAGAUGCAGGCAGAGUGGGGCACUCCUUCCCUGACCUCACCCUGUGUAUCUCUUCAUCUGGCUGUUGAUUCAUAAUUAUCACACCCUUUAAUAAACUAGUAAACCCAGUGA